AUGAGCCAAGCAACCCCACGGCUUCACAAGAUUGGCAACACACUCUAUACUCCUUUAGGAAAGGGACCCCGACACAGUGUCCACGACUUCUUACACUUGGCAUCCGCACUUGCUGGAUACACUUUUCCCGCUGACAUCAGAAGACGGUGUGGUGGAAGCGGGGUUCAGCGUCGGCGGCCCGCUUUGCUGUGGCUCCGGUCGGGCGGUGGGUAA